CCCAAAAGAAUUGUGCAACUUUAUACAAAUUCACACAAUGAAUGUCGUUCGAUUAAACACUUUCUAUAUUUUAUUUGCAAAAUAAACGCUUACUAAAUAGCUUCAACUGUAAACUAUACUGAUUUUUACUUACUGUGAAUUAAUUGUGAUUGUUAACAUGAAAAAUACCUAUAAGCUGCCUAAUUAACGACUUGUCAGUCAAUCAUAUGUUAGUAAUUAAUUAUGUCAGUGUUUGUUUACUAAUGACAGUUUCGAUAAUCAUAAUAUAAUGAAUCUUCCUGGAAAUGCUGGAGAGUCGUCGUGUAAGCGACAAGAAAAUGGCGACGCUGCUACAGAACCACACCGCCCACUUAAAAAAGCACGCUUUGCUUGGGAAGUUAAAGGAAAAUAUCAUUUGAGAAAUGAGAUUUCCGAGGGAAAAUCUAGUACCAUAAAUGAAACUGAUAGAGCCGGCUCUUCAUCGGAACACGAAUGCAAGGCGAAAUUGGUUGGAAAUACUGAACAAAAUCUUGAAAUACUUGGUGAUUAUCUAUUAAAACAAGAUUUCAAUUCCUUAGAUUCUAUCACUGAUACCAAUGCAUCAUUAUUACCGAGUUCCAACAUAUCAACAGAGAAACUGCCAUACCCGAGAUAUAUCAGUACUUUUGAAAAUAGCAGCCGUGACAUCAGUGAAAGUAGUAGCAGUACUGGUGAUCGUACGUCCAUUCCUAAAUCUAUGGUUUAUUCCAAUAAAGACAUUGAGGAUCAGUGCAUUGCACGAUGGCAGGCCAGACAGAUGGCAAAGUGCUUUGUUGACAAUACAAUAAACCGUGUCCUAGAUAACUGGAUGAUAGCCCCACUGCCCGCUGACAUGGACAAUAACAGAGUUCUUGCUCUUGAUGCUGCAGAAUUUAUCAACAAUUUACCGGGUGAUAAUAGUAUUGAAAAUGAGGCUAUACUAAUGGCAAUAUCGGCACAUGGCUUACAAAAUAAUUCAAGUUCAAGUAGUAGUAAUGAAAAUGAUUUAUCAGAAAAUUCAAGCAAAGAUUUGUUUUUAUCACCACCUGGAAGCCCUCUCCUAUCAGAUGAUGAUACCAAUUCAGAGACUAAAAUUAAUAAUGAUAAGCAAAUUAAUGUUGAAGAAACAUCUACCAGUGGAUUAGACAUGUCAUGGAACUUCACAAAGGAUGUAAAAGAGAAUGUCAAUAGUAAUUUACCUUUGUCAUUUUAUCCUGAAACAUCCAGUUCUUCUUAUCCAUAUUAUAAUGAUUCUGAUAAUCUAAAUAGCAGCAAUAAUGAUUAUGAUGGAGAUGAAAAUGUCAACUCAAAUGAUAAUGACAUAAUGACAAAUCAUUAUGAUUUUCUUGAUGCUGCUGUUUCAUUUGCUAUACAAUACAAGGGUCUUACUUCUUACGGUACAGAUUAUGGAUAAUAUUCUGAAUAACAAAAUAGCAAUUUAAUAUUUGCUAACUUAACUUUUUUUAUAAUUAGUUUAUCUACAGAUUUUACGGUGAUAAGAUAUAAGCGGUGCAAAAUUGGUUAACAAUUUUAUGUGAAUAUACUGUCAAAGUACUGUGCAUGCUGUUUGUUACCAUGUUUUUAUGAUAAAUUUAAUUUAAUGUCUCUACUGCACAAGAUACAAAGUCUUAUGCCAGGCCAUUGUUUUUUCAUUCAGUAAAAAAACUUUAGAUCUGAUUUUGUACAUACUUUAUUUGAUUAUAAGAAUAUACCGAUGAAUCUAGUUUCUUAAAAAAAUGUAUAAUUGCUGGUCUUAAUUAUUUUAUUUAAUAUGAAUUGACCAUAUAUGGAUGCAAGAAUUUGUUUUACGUUAAGUUCAAAUAUAUAUUAAAAUAUAGGUAAUAUGUAGGUAGUACUUAUUAAUAUUCCAUUAUUAUUGAUGUCAUGCACACACUUAAGGAUUUAUACAUGAAAGUGAUUUAUUAUUUCUAUAAAUAUCAUAUUAGAAUAUGUAAUAUUUACAAUGACGAGUCCCCAUUAAAAUGUAAUAAACGUUAUAUAUGUACAAAUAUGAUGCUUAGAUUUUGUCUAAUUAUUCAAUUUAAUUUGAGACUUUCUUUAAAGUAUGACAGUUGUUGGAUAAUUGCAAAAUAAUUGUGAUAUUAUUUUAAACUAAUCUCUUAAAGUAACAAUCAAAUUUUAUUAGAAAGUACAAAGUAUUAAUAUAAAUUCAUAUCAAGGCGGAAAGUAAGGUUGCAGAUUUAUUAAAUGAUAAUUUUAUUUAAUUAAGUUAUGAUUUAUUAUAUUUUUAUACACUCAUAUUUAAUGUAUUUCUUAUUUUGCUCUUGAUAGUGGAAUAGUUACUGAUGUAAAGUAAAAGGGCUUAUUCUGAUAGACAUAGGAUUGUAUGCCAUAAUGACAUAAGUAAUUACUGUCAAUAAAAAAUAUAUAUAUAGCCUA